AUGGUUUCCUACAAACUCACCUAUUUCCCAAGUCGUGGCAACGGAGAGGUUGCUCGUCAAAUACUCGCCUAUGCGGGACAAGAGUUCGUCGAUGAACGCAUCCCCAAGGAUCAGUGGCCGGCCAUCAAGGACUGUGAGUUUUCGUAAGUGGAUUCAUGCUCACAAAAACUUCUAACCCUGUCAGCCACUCCGUUCGGCCAACUGCCGGUCCUGUACGUCGACGGAAAACCGCUGGCCCAAUCGGUCGCAAUCGACAGAUUUCUGGCCCGCCAGUUCGGAAUCGCCGGCAAGAAUGCGUGGGACGAGGCUCAGGUGGACGCCCUGCACGACCAAUUCAAGGACUACAAAUCCGACGCCCGUCCCUUUUUCAUGGUGAAAAUGGGAUUCAAGGAGGGAGACGUGGAGCAGCUCCGGCAGCAAGUCUUUCUUCCCGCCUUCCGCAAAAACUACGGAAUCUUCGCGAAGGCUUUGAAGGCGAAUGGAGCAAGUGGAUUCCUGGUAGGGGACUCGGUCACGUGGCUCGACUUGGCGAUUGCUCAACACUCGGAGGAUCUGCUCAAGGCCGAUGGGCACAUUCUUGAUGAGUUUCCGGAAAUGAACGCCCAUCUGGAAAGGGUGCACAACAUUCCAAACAUCAAGAAAUGGAUCGAGACGAGACCAGUUACCGAGCGAUAA